AGGCUCUUGAAGCAAUAGGCUGUUGGAUUUUGAUCCCGCCCAGAAUACUUGAGUUUUUCUCUGCAAGGAUAUAUAAUAGCGGUUUUGCCUGCCCACCUAAGAAAAAAAGGCAAUGGAGACUGAACAACAGGAAGAGACCUUUACCAACACAGAGACAAAUGACCUCUCUACAGGCAAACGUCCUGCAGAAGAUAUGGAAGAAGAGCAGGCCUUCAAAAGAUCUCGGAACACAGAUGAGAUGGUUGAAUUACGCAUCCUGCUUCAGAGCAAAAAUGCUGGAGCAGUGAUUGGAAAAGGUGGCAAAAAUAUUAAGGCACUUCGUACAGACUACAAUGCCAGUGUUUCAGUCCCAGACAGCAGUGGCCCCGAGCGCAUCUUGAGUAUCAGUGCAGAUAUAGAGACAAUUGGAGAAAUCUUGAAGAAGAUUAUCCCUACUUUAGAAGAGUAUCAACACUACAAAGGCAGCGACUUUGACUGCGAAUUAAGACUUCUCAUUCACCAAAGUUUGGCAGGAGGAAUUAUUGGUGUCAAGGGUGCUAAAAUUAAAGAACUCAGAGAGAACACUCAGACCACCAUUAAGCUCUUCCAAGAGUGUUGUCCUCAUUCUACCGACAGAGUGGUGCUUAUUGGUGGAAAACCUGAUAGAGUCGUUGAAUGUAUCAAGAUUAUCUUGGAUCUUAUCUCUGAGUCUCCAAUUAAAGGACGGGCCCAGCCUUAUGAUCCCAAUUUCUAUGAUGAAACAUACGACUAUGGUGGCUUUACAAUGAUGUUUGAUGAUAGAAGGGGACGUCCAGUAGGCUUUCCGAUGCGUGGAAGAGGAGGUUUUGAUCGAAUGCCCCCUGGUCGUGGCGGACGACCUAUGCCUCCAUCGAGAAGAGAUUAUGAUGAUAUGAGCCCUCGCAGAGGACCUCCACCGCCUCCACCAGGUCGUGGUGGUAGAGGUGGCAGCAGAGCUCGUAAUCUUCCUCUUCCUCCUCCACCACCUCCUCGUGGCGGAGAUCUUAUGUCCUAUGACCGAAGGGGCAGACCGGGAGACCGUUACGAUGGCAUGAUGGAAGAGAAAGAAGUGGAGAAGAGCUAUGAAAUGGGCUACCUAAAUGAGCUUUACACAUUGCCUCCUUGGGAGUAUGAGUUACUGGAAAUGAUGCAGUGUCAUGUGGAUGCCUGUGACGACAUGCAGCCACCAGAGCUGUUUGAGGGUGGCUCUGGAUAUGACUAUUCUUACGCAGGGGGGCGCGGUUCAUAUGGAGACCUUGGUGGACCUAUCAUCACAACACAAGUAACGAUUCCCAAAGAUUUGGCAGGAUCUAUUAUUGGAAAGGGAGGCCAGAGAAUCAAACAAAUACGUCAUGAGUCAGGAGCUUCGAUCAAAAUUGACGAACCAUUAGAAGGCUCAGAAGAUCGGAUAAUAACUAUUACGGGAACACAGGACCAGAUACAAAAUGCACAGUAUUUACUGCAGAACAGUGUGAAGCAGUAUGCAGAUGUUGAAGGAUUCUAAUGCAAGAUUAUUUUUUCUUUUUUAUAGUGUGAAGCAGUAUUCUGGAAAGUUUUUCUAAGACUAGUGAAGAACUGAAGGAGUCCUGCACCCUUUUUUUUUUUAUCUGCUUCUGUUUAAAAAGCCAACAUUCCUCUGCUUCAUAGGUGUUCUGCAUUUGAGGUGUAGUGGAAUCUUUGCUGUCCACCAGAUGUAAUGUUUUAGUUCCUUACAAAUACGUGGGGGGAGGGAAAAGGGCGCACGAGACUAACAUUGAAAUUUUGAAGCAGCAGCAGAGAGAGUGAAUUAUAUUUUUGUUCAUUGUUGGUGGUAAACUGUAAUGUUUUUCUGUAAUUGUUGUGAACACCCUGCUUUAUGUACACUAUUUUUGUUGGAAGGGGGGAGAGUACGGCUAGUCCACAUGUCCCUGGCAUCCUUUGAGAGCGGUGUGCAGAAUGUAAUACUCUUUUGUAAGAAACAUUUUAUGAUUUUUAAAUAAAUUUAGUGAACCUAUUCUUGGUGGUCAUUUUUCUUAAGAUAUACUAAGGUAAUAUCUAAAAUGGAUACCCCCUUUUUUUUCCCCCACAAGAAAAUGCAUAAAUGAUGAAAGUUGCUGUUCAGCUUGCUCUUCUGCUUCUUUGAUGUAGAUGGAGUUAUGUGGGUUUUUCUGACAAAUUAAAGAAACUGUGUGGAAAAAAAUGACUCUGCUUUGCUGUUUGGGAAAAAAUGCAAAAAUAUUCAUGCAAAUGUUGUGUAAAACUUGAUAUUUUCGCAAGUGUUUGGCCCUCUUUGCAGUACAUAUAUAUAUUGGUGACAGUAUAUAAAUAAAAUAUUUAAAAACUUUGUGAUGUCACUGAGUACACAGUGGUAAAGUACACCUGGUUGUAGACAGCUUGCUUAAUGCAGAUAACACUGUUAGAAACGACAGUUGCUGUACCAUUACUGAACGAAUUAUAGUUGUUUUCCGAGCUUUCAUUUGUAUGAGGUAGAAAUUCUUAUAAAUUGGCAAAUUGACGCUAUCUAACUCUGUAACUUGUUUUUCAUUGUAUGCAAAACUUAAACUUGUUUGGUUUCUCUGUUGUAUGUUGAAUUCCAUAGGAAUUAUUUGUGAGAAAUUAAAAAAUAUAAAGCCUCUGGAUAUCUCAUGUAAUACCUUGGCAUUUGUAUUUAUAGUUUACAAGUUUUAAUUUCACUUCCUGAAUAAAAACAAAUUUAAAAAUCC